UGAAGGUGAAUCACUGAAACUAGGCCAGGUUGUCAAGUGCUCCAUCGUGUCCAGCAAGAACAAAAACAUCAAAGUGUCAAUCAACCCAAAACAAGUCGACAAAGCCCAGGUGGCGAAGAUUGAGACUGUGGUCCCAGGAAUGAAGGUAUCAGGCACCAUUCAACAGGUACUUAAAGAAGGGCUGGUUAUCAACUUUGAUGGACAGACUGGCUUGGUACAUCAGACACACACUCCAGCCUACACCCUUGGGCAGUAUAAGGAGGGGAGUGAGGUGAGAGGAACAGUGUUGUACACUCUGUCCAAGAAUAAAUCAAUCCAUCUGUCCCUCCUCCCUCACCUGUCCGGCGCCACCUGUGGAAGCCUCAAUGAUCAGUUCUCCACACUAGCAGAAGAUAAGACCAUGCCACACAACGCACAAGUCUUUGAUGUCAUGGAGUGGAAAGUUUGGUUCACCUUGGACAAUGGAGUCAGAGCGUUAGCAACGAGACCACAUCUGAGGGCGGUUGCGACUGACAUGACGGUACCAUUGAAAACAACAUUCCAGGUCGGAGACAUGCACAGGUGUACAGUUACCGGUUACAACCUGAUGGAGAAUGUUGUACAUAUACACUUGUCAGGGAAGACUGAACCAAGCAAAACCGAAGAGUCGCACAAGCAAAUGUUGGAAAGUGGGAAAACUGAUGCCGAAUCAGAACCAAAAUCAAAGAAGAAGAAAUCAGAAAAAGGUGACAAAUCUUUAAAAGACGAGCGAAAUUUGAAAAGUGUAAGUGACGCUUCAAAUAUUGAUAAUGUGAGAGAAAACAAGAAAAAGAAGAAAUCUAAAUCAGAAAGUGACAUCACAUGUGAAACUGACAAUUCAGAGAGUGUGAAAAGUGCAAAGAAAAAGAAAUUAAAAGAGAAAAAGAAAAGUGCAAUGGACAUUUCUGAGAGUGAAAGUGAUGAUGGUGAUGAUUAUGAGGUAACAGGUACAAACAAAAGAAAGGUGAAUACUGACCAUUCAGAGAUACAAGAAAGGAAGACUAAGCUAAAGAAGAGAGACAGGUCAAUUGCAGAGGAAUCAGUAAAAGAAACACCUUCGAAGAAAGUAAAGGGUGUUAAAGAGGAAUUAGUAAAAGAGACACCUUCGAAGAAAGUAAAGGCUGUUAAAGGGGAAUUAGUAAAAGAGACACCUUCGAAGAAAGUAAAGGCUGUUAAAGGGGAAUUAGUAAAAGAGACACCUUCGAAGAAAGUAAAGGCUGUUAAAGGGGAACCAGAGACACCAGCUAAGAAAACAAAAGCGGAUAAAGGAAAGGUGGUGAAAGAAACACCAAAGACAGAAAAGUCUUUGAAAGAGAAAUUGCCUAAAGAAACACCAGGAAAGAAAGACAAAGGAAUUAAAGAGAAGUCGGUGAAAGAAACGCCAUCAAAAAAAGGGAAGAUAAAGUCAACAGAGGAAAGUGACAGUGGGAUUGAAGUAAACAAGGCUUCAGAUUCUGAUGAUGAUGAUGAAGACAUGAAGGUACCAAAAGUUGGCUCCAAUCCUCCAAGACUAUCGCUGUCUGCAGGGUUUUCCUUCAGUGAAGACUUUUCUGUAGCUCCAACUGGUGUCAAUGAUGACAGCAGUGAUGAAGAGGUUGAAGAAACAAAACCUGUGAAGAAGACCGCUCAUGAACGCCAGCAAGAAAGGAUCGAAGAAGAAAAGAAAAUAUAUGCUUAUGAACGUCAGCAGCUAGAAGGGGAUCAGGUCCCAGUGAGCAGCGAUGACUUUGAUGACGCCUGGUCUUGCAGUCCCCCAACAGCUCCCUGCUGUGGACGAGGUACAUGGCCUUCCAUCUGGAGACAGCCGAGAUCGAGAAGGCAAGGACUGUAGGCGAGAGAGCUCAAGACAAUAUCUUUCAGGGAAGAGCAGGAGAAGCUGAAUGUGUGGCUGGCCUUCAUGAACCUUGAGAACAUGUACGGGGGAGAGGCCCAGCUCACUGCCGUGUUCGACCGGGCCCUGCAGCAGAAUGACCCCAUCAAGGUGUACAAGCAGAUGGUACAGGUGUACUCCGGUAGUGGCAAGAUGGAGG